GAAACGAAGUCGUAUAGAUGCUUCUCUAGACUCUAGUAAUGAUCACUCCAUCAGUUCAACGCUAGAGCCAAGUGGAAAACGUAGAGAGUGAGAGAGAGAGAGAGAGAGAGAGAGAGGAGGGGGGAUGGCAAGGGACUCUGAUUAUGGAGCUUUCAUGGAAAAAUUUAUUCUACAGCCAAGCACUUCAUCUCAGGAGCUUCCAUUGAAUGGCCUGACCUUUGCCAUAAAAGACAUAUUUGAUGUGGAUGGAUACGUGACUGGGUUUGGAAAUCCGGAUUGGGCACGGACUCAUGUGGCUGCUACAACAACAGCUCCGGCCGUGUUGGCCAUCUUAAGGGGAGGUGCCACAUGUGUGGGAAAAACUGUAAUGGAUGAAAUGGCAUACAGUAUAGAUGGAGAACACAAACAUUACGGGACACCAACCAAUCCAUGCGCACCAGAUCGUAUCCCUGGAGGAUCUUCUAGUGGAUCUGCAGUUGCAGUUGGUGCAAUGCUUGUAGAUUUCUCCCUGGGUACUGACACCGGAGGAAGUGUAAGAGUUCCUGCGGCAUUUUGUGGGAUUUUGGGGUUUCGCCCUUCUCAUGGUGCUGUUUCAACUACUGGAGUUAUUCCUAUGGCACAGAGUUUUGAUACCGUAGGGUGGUUUGCUAGGGAUCCUGUGAUCUUGAAUCGAGUUGGACGGGUACUAUUACAAUUGCCUGUCCUUGAUCCUGUGAAACCUAGUCAUAUUAUUAUUCCAGAAGAUUGUUUCAAGCUUCUAAGCAUUCCAAUUGAUCGUGUGACUAAAGUUCUUGUGCAAUCAGUAGAGAAGUUAUAUGGGGGUCACAUGGUAAAAUAUGCAAAUCUUGGGAAUUAUGUUAAGGACAAAGUUCCAAGUUUGAAGCAUUUUGAAGGAAUUGAAACUCAAGAAUAUAAUAUAACAUCCCUGGUAGCUCUUUCAAAUGCGAUGAGGUUGCUUCAAAGGAUUGAAUUCAAAAAGAAUCAUGGUGAAUGGGUCAGUACGGUAAAACCUGAUUUUGGACCAGGAAUAGCAGAACGGAUAUGGGAAGCUGUUAGGACAACAGAUGCACAUAUUGAUGACUGCUACUCUGUGAAGACUGAAUUUCAUGCUGCUCUCGCUGAGCUCCUAGGGGAGUUCGGCAUCCUUGCAAUACCUACAGUUGUUAGUCCCCCGCCAAAACUACAAACAGAGGCAACUACCCUGGAAACAUGUGGUGCCAGGGCUUUUAGCUUGUUGUCCAUUGCUGGAGUAUCUGGAUUUUGCCAGGUGAGCAUACCAUUAGGGAUGUAUGAUAAUCUUCCUGUGGCCGUUUCCUUGUUGGCAAAGCAUGGUUCGGAUGGGUUCCUACUGAAUGUUGUUGAGACACUAUAUGGCACUCUCAAAGAACUGGUCGAAAUUGCUGAGAAUUGACUUACCUUCUGUAUGAUAUAUAUAUAUAUAUAUAUAUAUAUAUAUAUAUAUAUGUGUCUCGAUUCCAAUAUGGCACAUUAUAUCCACCCUUGUCCACGACCAAGCUUACUGAAGAAGUACCAGUGCCAGCCUGCAAACGCCAUACAACGAAAUAUCAUAUUUCCCAAGUAUUAAUGUGGUAGGAACUUAGGUGCUGUUUAUUUUAUCGAUCUCUACCAUGGUUUGUUGGUUUUGCUGUUGUUUUCCAUGUCUGUGUAUAUAUAUAUAUAUACGUGUGGCCCUUUGCUUUGUCAUUACUCUUGCUUUAAAUAUUAAUAUGUAGUAUAUAAAAUAAUCAGCAGCCUUAAUUACUA